AUGGCAGUCGUCAAUUCCUCCGGCUUCUCGGAACUGCCCGCUCCGCCUGUUUCGCAGGUCAGCUUCGAAAGCUCCGCCCACGCCUUGUCUCAGCAGCGGAUUCGAACGACUGCCUACCACCCGGCGUCAAACGGCCUCGUGGAGCGCUUCCACCGACAGCUCAAGGUUGCCCUCCGGGCUGCUCCCGAAACACCCUGGCCAGAAGUCAUACCGCUCGCGCUCCUGGGGAUCCGCUCCACCUUCAAACCUGACAUAGGCUGCGCCGUCGCCGAGCUGGUAUACGGCACGUCCCUACGCCUCCCCGGAGAUCUCAUUUGCCCGUUGCCAGGCAGCACUGCUCUCUCACCAGCUGACUACGUUUCGCGGCUCCGCCGUACUAUGGCUGCCCUUCGUCCAGCAACAUCUCGGCCCUCGCGUGUGUCCUCGGCCUUCCAGCAUCCCAACCUCGCCUCCUGCACACACGUCUUUGUGCGCUGUGACGCUGUACGGAAGCCCCUGCAACCGCCCUACACAGGCCCUCACCUCGUGCUGCGCCGUUCACCCAACUUUUACACCAUUCAGCUGAACGGCCGCGAGGACACUGUUGCCUUAGAACGGCUUAAGCCGGCAUACGUCGACGCUGUACCACCAUUGCCGCCCUCCUUCUCCGUGGAGCUACUCUACGACUCACCCUCCACGGCAAGCUGUCCGCUCACUACUCCAGCUACUCUUCCCCCACCGUCGCCUCCUCGGCUGUCUACCCGACUCAGACCGCCCCGACAAGUCACUUGGGCUCCCAAGCUCGUUUCUAUUCGCCAGCUUCCAGCGCUUGGCUAG